AUGACGCCCAAUUCUGAACCGACGAGGGCGCCAUUCCGUGUUCUCGUCUUCAGCAAGACCUCGGGCUAUCGACACGACUGUAUCUCAAGUGCCGUCUCCGCCGUGAAAUCCCUCGGCGCGACCUCAGGACUUUUCACCGUCGACGCCAGCGAAGACGCCGAGGCCUCCAUCAACGCUCGCUCCUUGGAAAGCUACACCACAGUCGUCUUCCUUCACUGUACGGGACACUUUCUCAAUGCUAAACAAUUGGCGGCUCUGAAGGGUUACGCUAACGCUGGUGGCGGUUUCGUGGGCGUGCAUGCCGCCGCAUCAGGGUUGAAGGAGGAUGAAUGGUAUGGCAAGCUUAUCGGUGCGCACUUUGACCAGCAUCCGCCGCCCCAGGCGGGCGCUUGUAUCAUCGAGGACCCGGAGCAUUUCAUAUUGAGACGUGGAGGCGGAAAACAUAUGGCGCAGGCGGGCGAUGAUGCUCGGAAAGGCUGGACGGAUGAGUGGUACAAUUUCCUGUCGCAUCCUAGGGAGAAUGACAACCUCCACAUCCUGGUUCGGGGCGACCCGACGAGCUUCGAGGGCGGCGCCAUGGGGGAUGAUCACCCACUCGCCUGGUACCAGGAGUUUGACGGUGGGAGAUCGUUCUACACGGCGCUGGGCCACUAUGAUGACGCCUAUGACGAUGAGUGGUUCAUGGACCAGAUUCUCAGAGCAAUUCUUUGGACGGCUCGCCUCGAGAACGAAUUGAUGCCGAAAACGGUCUCUACGACGGUGUCUUCCGGUAACUGA